CAGUGCCAGUAUAAAUAGAAGCGCAGAAGAUGACACAAUCAGUCAUCUCCUGCUGCUGGGAAAGCCUCGCAACAUGAGGACCAUUAUUUUAGUGUCAUUCGUGGCUGCGUUAAGCGUGGCAGCUGCUGCUCCUGACGGUUGCUGUGGUGGAAGCCAUGGAGGCGGAGGUCACGGAGGUGGAGGAUAUGGAGGAGGCGGCCAUGGAGGCGGAGGAGGCAGAGGCGGCAGAGUGGUGAAAGCACAGCUGGUCGGAGUUGGCACUCUUCCCAGCACUGGAGGAGGAGGCGGUGGAGGCUCAGGAGGUUAUGGCUCCCACGGAGGUGGCUCUCGAGGCGGCCACGGCAGAUCCAGCGGUGCCAGUAUUGUCCGAGCUGAGCUGGUUGGAGUUGGCACUCUUCCCAGCACUGGCGGAGGAGGCGGUGGAGGCUCAGGAGGUUAUGGCUCCGGAGGAGGUGGCUCUCGAGGCGGUCACGGCAGAUCCAGCGGUGCCAGCAUUGUCCGAGCUGAGUUGGUUGGAGUUGGCACUCUUCCCAGCACUGGCGGAGGAGGCGGUGGAGGCUCAGGAGGUUAUGGCUCCGAAGGAGGUGGCUCUCGAGGGGGCCAUGGCAGAUCUAGUGGUGCCAGGAUUGUCCGAGCUGAGCUGGUUGGAGUUGGCACUCUUCCCAGCACUGGCGGAGGAGGAGGAGGAGGUUAUGGCUCCGGCGGAGGUGGCUCUCGAGGCGGCCAUGGCAGAUCCAGCGGUGCCAGCGUUGUCCAGGCACAGCUGGUUGGUGUUGGCAGCCUUCCCUCAGGCGGGGGCGGCGGCCACGGUUCCAAUGCCAUUUCCACCGGUGGUGGAUACGGCGGUGGCAGUGGCUGGUAAAACGUUCUUUCAUAAAAUAGCACAACGCAAAACGUAUUCCUUUGUCAUGCGCAAAUAAACAAUUGAAUGGCUA